UUGCCGGUCACCCGUAGCCACGCAAUACCCAUUUGCUCUAAAUUUCCAAUCUUUGUCUUGCCCAGAAAGAAAAAGACCACCCCCUUCUCUCUCUAUAUAUACACACACACCCGUCCAGAUAUAUUAUACAUACAAUUAUAUAUAGACCCAGAGUUUGAAAUGCAUCUGUAUAACGCCUGGCUUCCACCUCCGGUGGCCGACGCCACCAAGAAAGAGAAAGAAUCGUUCGCCGGUGUUUUAUCUUCUGUGAAAGAAUCGUAUCUUGUGGAUGAUCCAGAAUCUGUCUACUCCACUCUCAAAUGGAUAUCAGUCAUUAACCUGUUCAUAAAGGCGAAGAGUGAAGUGUCAUUGGAAGAUGUGGCUUCUCUUGUGGAAUUUGGGCUGCAAGUUUUUCAUGCAUCACAAGACAAGCUUUAUGCUCAGGUGAGAUGGGGAAAUGUUCUCGUGAGCUUGCUGAAUAAAUUUCGCAAGAAGUUGACUUUGAAAGUUGACUGGCGCCCUUUCUAUGAUAAUUUGAUCCAAACACACUUUACAAGGAAUACAGGACCAGAGGGAUGGAGGGUAAGGCAAAGACAUUUCGAGACUGUCACUUCCCUUGUUCGUUCCUGCCGCAGGUUCUUUCCACCAGGUUCUGCCCAUGAGAUAUGGUCCGAGUUUAGAUCUCUACUUGAAAAUCCAUGGCAUAACUCAGUUUUUGAAGGCUCUGGAUUUGUGAGACUCUUCCUUCCUACAAACCUGAAUAACGAAGACUUCUAUUCACGUGAAUGGAUCAACACAUGUAUUCUUCAGUGGGAUUCUAUACCAAAUUGCCAGUUCUGGAACAGCCAAUGGGCAGCUAUUAUGGCCCGUGUAAUUAAGAACUACAAAUCUAAGGACUGGGAGGACCUUUUACCUGAAAUAUUCAGUCGAUUCUUGAACAUGUUUGAGGUGCCCGUGGCUAGUGGGGGUGGAUCAUACCCUUUCUCUAUCGAUGUCCCAAGAAAUACAAGAUUCCUGUUUUCCAAUAGAUCACACACUCCAUCCAAGGCCAUUGCAAAAUCAAUUGUUUAUCUAUUAAAGCCCGGUAGCUUGGCCCAACAACACUUUGAGAAAUUGGUCAACCUCUUAGAACAAUAUUACCAUCCUUCUAAUGGCGGUCGUUGGACAUACUCGCUAGAGAGGUUUUUGUUUCACUUGGUAUAUACAUUCCAAAAGCGAUUACAACAAGAGAAAGAGAAACCAGAUAAACAGAUUGAACUUUGCCUAGGACAAUCAGAAAGGGAAUCUUUUGUCAGUACUGUUCUGAAGUUAAUUGAUCGUGGUCAAUACAGCAAAAAUGAAAACCUUUCUGAAACAGUUGCUGCUGCAACGUCCAUUUUGUCUUAUGUGGAGCCUUCAUUGGUUCUACCCUUUUUGGUUUCUCGAUUCCAUAUGGCAUUAGAAACGAUGACAGCAACCCAUCAGUUGAAAACAGCCGUGACAUCAGUGGCGUUUUCUGGACGAUCACUAUUUUUUAUGUCCCUAUCUGCUUCACCAAUGGAAACAGAUGACAUUAAUGAUGCUGAUAUGUUCCGUGAUCUUCUGAUGAUAUCGCUGACCAAUGCCUUGCUUGGGAUGGAUGCGAAUGAUCCACCCAAGACCCUAGCAACUAUGCAACUGAUUGGCUCCAUAUUUUCCAAUAUGGCGACAUUGGAUGAUGAUACAGAUAGUUUGUCAUUCAUGCCUGCAGAACGCUUUUCAGAAUGGCUUGAUGAGUUCUUAUGCCGCCUAUUUUCUUUGUUACAACACUUGGAACCUAGUAGUGUUUUAAAUGAAGAUGUUCAUUCACCUGCUACAUCUGGAACGUUCCUAGUUGAGGAUGGACCUCAGUAUUUCUGCAUGUUGGAAAUAUUAUUUGGAAGACUUUCAAGAUCCCUGUACAACCAGGCUAUUAAAAAAGUUUCCAAGUUUCUGAAGACCAAUAUUCUACCUGGAGCUAUCGCUGAAGUUGGGCUUCUUUGUUGUGCUUGCAUUCAUUCAAAUCCAGAAUUGGCUGUUAAUCACCUUGUUGAACCUCUUCUAUCUUCGGUUAUAUCAUCUUUGAAAGGAAUCCCUCUGACGGGUUUUGGUGGAAGUGGAAAUUUCACGACCCCAUCUUUGAAUAAGGCAAGAGCGACACUUUCUCCAGCCCUUGAAACAUCAAUUGAUUACCAGUUGAAGGUCUUGUCAAUUGCAAUCAGUUAUGGAGGUCCUUCACUUCUUCAUUACAAGGAUCAAUUUAAGGAGGCUAUACAUUCUGCCUUUGAAUCCCCAUCUUGGAAGGUUAACAUAGCUGGUGAUCAAGUCCUUCGAUCCCUCCUUGGAAGUCUGGUUCUCUAUUAUCCUGUUGAUCAGUACAAGUCUGUUUCACGCCAUUCUUCUUUGACCCCACUGGAGGAAUGGAUAAGUAUUAAAGAUUUUUCAAAUGAUGAAGCAUUUACGGGCCCAAAGUGGCAUAUCCCUAGUGAUGAAGAAAUACAAUUUGCCAAUGAUCUCUUGAACCUGCAUCUCAAUUCAGCUUUAGAUGAGCUUCUGAAAAUAUGUCAAGAUAACAUUCACUCUGAUCCAGGAAACGAGAAAGACCACUUGAAAGUGACUCUUUUGCGCAUAGACUCUUCAUUGCAAGGUGUUUUGUCAUGUUUGCCUGAUUUCAUACCAUCCUUUAGGAACGGUAAGGUUGAUCCGCCUUUCUUAAUCGCGGGAGCAACGGGGGCAAGUGUUGGUAGUACUAGAUUGCGGGAAAAAGCUGCUAAUAUCAUCCAUAUAGCCUCCAAAUACUUGCUUGAGAAAAAAUCAGAUGACAGCAUUCUAUUGCUACUCCUUAUUCGUAUUAUCGAGGCUUUGGGGAACUAUGGAAGUUCUGAAUAUGAAGAGUGGAGUAACCAUAGGCAGGCAUGGAAAUUGGAAUCUGUUGCCAUAAUCGAACCUCCUGUUAACUUCAUUGUGCCAUCUCAUUCUAAAGGGAAGAAAAGGCCAAGGUGGGCACUCAUCGAUAAAGCAUACAUGCACAAUACAUGGAGAACAUCACAAGCAUCGUAUCAUUUAUUUCGUACAAGUAAAAAUGCAUCUCCAUCAGACCAUGUGAAUGUUUUGAUGGAUGAUCUUCUAAAUCUAUCUGUGCAUAACUAUGAUACUGUUCGCACGCUUGCUGGGAGAUCUCUUGUCAAAAUGAUCAAACGAUGGCCAUCUCUCAUUGCAAAAUGUGUACUUACUUUUACCGAGAAUUUGCGAAAUCCUGGCUCACCGGAAUAUGCAGUCUUAGGUUCUUGUGCUGUCCUCGGAACUCAAACUGUUCUCAAGCAUCUCACAUUGGAACCAAAAUCUUUCUCAUCUUUCCUUCUUGGAAUUCUUUUGAGUUCUCAUCAUGAAUCCUUGAAAACCCAGAAAGCUAUCAAUUCGCUUUUUGUCAAAUACAACAUCUAUUUUGCGGGAAUCUCUAGAAACAUUUUCCAGAAAUCGGCGGACCAUUCUGGGACAGACUUUGCAUCUUUGGUUUCUGAGAUAGGUUCUAUGAGUUUUGAGUCGACUAACUUGCAUUGGAGGUAUAACUUGAUGGCCAACAGGGUUCUACUGUUGUUGGCUAUGUCAUCUAGAAACGAACCCAACUUGUCGUCAAAGAUUCUCAGUGAAGCUGCUGGUCAUUUCCUAAAGAAUUUGAAAAGUCAACUUCCACAGACGAGAAUACUGGCCAUCUCUGCUCUAAAUAUGUUACUGAAAGAAUCACCUUAUAAGCUGUCAGCUGAGCAACAAGUUGUAGCUGCACGGGAUUUACAAGAAAAUACCAAAUCCUCUCUUGAAGGGACGUUGAGUAAUAUAUUUCAGGAGGAAGGAUUCUUUAGCGAGACUUUUGACAGCCUUUCUAAUGUCCAUAUUAUUGGUGAUACUGAAAACUCAUCUUCCAGAGGCCAUGAAAAUUCUUCGUUUCAAAGUUUGGCAGAUAAAUCAAUCACUCGUUUCUAUUUCGAUUUUUCAUCUUCAUGGCCUCGUACACCCACUUGGAUUUCCUUUUUCGGAAGCGAUACUUUUUAUUCAAGUUUUGCUCGUAUAUUCAAGCGUUUAGUUCAAGAAUGUGGCGCCCCUGUUUUACUAUCGCUAAAGAGUGCAUUGGAGGAGUUUGUAAACGCUAAGGAGAGGUCUAAACAGUGUGUUGCUGCCGAGGCUUUUGCGGGUUUGCUGCAUGCUGAUGUUAUUGGCCUCGUAGAAGCUUGGGAUAGCUGGAUGAUGGUCCAAUUGCAGAAUAUCCUUCUUGCACCAUCAGUCGAAUCUAUUCCAGAAUGGGCUGCUUGUAUACGUUAUGCAGUUACUGGGAAGGGAAAAUAUGGGAUGAAAGUACCUCUUUUAAGGCAGAGGAUUUUGGAUUGUCUGAUUGAACCGUUACCUCAAACAGUAACUACAACUGUGGUUGCCAAGCGGUAUUCUUUUCUUUCUGCUGCUUUGAUAGAGGUCUCUCCACCGAGGAUGCCUUUGUCAGAAAUUCAGCUCCACCAUAAACUACUGCAGGAGUUGCUAGAUAAAAUGAGCCAUCCCACUGCCCACGUCAGGGAAGCAAUCGCUAUUGCCCUUUCUGUGUUGUGCUCAAACAUCCGACUACAUGCAUCCUUCAAUACGCCUGAGGAGGGAAAUAGCAUGAUAAAUGGAAAACAUGGAAAGAGUUGGGAUCAGCUUUUACAAGAAAGAGCGUCUGAACUCGUGGUGGCAAUUCAGAACGCUAAUCCUUCUGACAAUUUGGAGAACUUAGCAGAAAUGAAUGCACUUUCUGGAUCAGAUAGCAACUCACCAGAUGAUGUUCAAUGGAUGGAAACGUUGUUUCAUUUUGUUAUCUCAUUAAUGAAGUCUGGGAGAUCGGCAUUCCUGCUGGAUGUUCUUGUGGGUUUCCUUCACCCUGUGAUCUCCUUACAGGAAACUUCAAACAAAGAUUUGUCAAUACUGGCCAAGGCAGCUUUCGAGUUAUUGAAAUGGAGAAUAUUCACAAAUGGUCAUCUCCGAAAGGCGGUAUCAAUUCUUCUUUCUUCAGCUGAAGAUCCUAACUGGCGGACCAGAUCUGCAACUCUAACUUUUCUACGGAGCUUUAUGUACAGGCACACUUUCAUUCUCUCGAAUGAUGAGAAGCAGAAAAUCUGGAAAACCGUUGAGAAGCUACUGACAGAUAAUCAAGUAGAGGUAAGGGAACAUGCAGCAGCAGUUUUAGCUGGCUUAAUGAAGGGUGAGGAUGGAGAACUAUCAAAGGAUUUCCGUGAGAGAGCUUACAGCGAGGCUUUGAAGCUUCAGAAAAGAAGAAAGCAGAGAAGCUCAAGUAGUGGUCCUUCCAUAGCCUCCGUACAUGGUCGUGUUCUUGCUCUGGUUGCUUGUGUGCUCUCGGUUCCUUAUGAUAUGCCCAGUUGGUUGCCUGAGCAUGCUACCUUGUUGGCCCGUUUCGUUGGAGAGCCCUCCCCAGUUAAAACCACUGUCACAAAAGCAGUUGCAGAGUUCCGCCGCACCCAUGCAGAUACUUGGAGCGUUCAGAAAGAUUCGUUCACUGAAGAACAACUCGAGGUUUUGGCAGAUACAUCAUCUUCAUCAUCAUAUUUUGCCUGAUUUAUGUUUGAAGAACAAAUAGAAGUACUACAAGCAAGUAAAUUUGAUAAGUAGUCCAAUAGAAACUGUAAUUUUUCUCAACAAGUAGAAGAAGAAGACAUCAAUUUUUCAUAAUGGCAUGAGACAUAAAAUAAGCCAUGCUUAUUUACAUUUGGUUACCACCGGAUUUAGCAUCAAUAUGUAUCUGUACGCUGUAGUUGAUCCUUCUUUGAGAUCGUUCUAAAGUAACAAUGACUAUUGUUGGUCCA